AUGAACCCUACGUAUCCGAGCCCCGACGCCGAGCCGCAGUCCCCCCCUCCCGGGAUCGGCAACGCAGACAAGCUCACACCGAAAGAAGCCGAGGUGCUCCGUGAAAUCGGCACCAACGUAUGGCGCGCACGUGUGGUGGGAUUCCUUGCUGGCACCGCCGGCACCGUCUAUGCGAUUCGCCGUCGUAACCGCCCGACAAGCGCGCUGCGCACCUUUGCGCUUGCGUUCUUUGGUGGAUUUGCAGGCUCGAUGGUGUUUAUUCCCAUCGGCAUCGGCAUGAGCCGCAGUGCGAUGCGCAGCAUCGAGAAUCCCCAGCACCUUGCCGGCGUGCUCAAGCAAAAGAUGGAGGACCGCCGCCAGGGCGGCCCUCUUGGCUCCUCUCCGCCAUUCGACGCCUCGUCGGAGAACGCGGGCGAUGGCACCGGGCCGUGGACGAAUACGCCGCGUGCCGACUGGGGCGAUGCCCAAGCUCCUCCCGCGCGUGGCCCAUGGGCAGCGACCGGCGACGGCGCGACGCGCGGUCCGUGGGCGUCGAUGGGCAGCGGCCCUGCGCGUGGCUCGUGGAGCGACAAGCCGCAGGAUGCACCGUCGCGAGGCCCCUGGACGCCCGGCCCGCCCAUUGCGCGUGCGCCGCCCGCAGCGUCGCAGGACUGGUCGACGACCGAGUCGCUGGACAGCGCUGAGCCUGCGCAAGAAGCCCCUGCCGGAACCGGCCCCGGGACGCGGUGGGCGCAGCUGCGCCAGGACCGUACCGGCCAGCCGAGCACCUGGGAAGAUAUCCGGCAGCGCAGUGCGAAAGAGGCGAUGGCGCAGCAGAGCCAGCAGCAAGCAUCCCGUGCGCCCCCCGCCGAGCCCCGCGUCUCGGACUACGACCGGGCGGUUGAGGAGUACAACAAGGCGAUGGAGCGCGAGCGCCAAGGCCUCGAUGUCACGACCGGCUUUGCGGACGAUGCGCAGAUCCGCUGA